AAUUCUGAACGGAGAUUUUCCGUUUCGCUGUUGUGUUCGUAAGAACAAAUUAAAUUUUAUCAUCUUUUCGAAACGUACGAUUUUCUGAUUGGAUCAGAGGCAAGAGGCAAAAAUAGAAUGAUCGUGCGACAAUUGGCUUUGAUAAGGUUUUGUUGGUAAACCUUUGAUUCUGAUGCCAGCAAUCGUUAUUGGAAUGAAGAAGAACCAUGAAUAAGCGUAGACCAGCUUCGGUUAUCCUCGGCGGAAAUUCGGCUUGAACCUGGCCUAGACCAUAUGAACAAGCAAAACAGAACUAUAGACCCAGUCUACGUUUUUUCAUUGGGAAGUGAAGCAAAUGUCCAGAGAAAGUCAAUCGAAUCCAAUUAUCUGUUAAGAGGUGAAUUACCUCGUUUGUUCAACUGUGUCACGUGCAAAAUGAGUGCCCAAAAUUUGAGAAAUUGUUUGUUGUCGUCCAACACUCUAGUGUGGCAACGUCAAACGAUGAUUGCUAUUGAACGGUUCCAAUAAUUACUACUUUUAAUCAAGAUUCAAGAUUUAGCCCCAGUUGAGGCGACAUUCAGAUAUCUUUCAGUGCAAAUGCACUGAAAGUAUGAAUGAAAUGUGCUUGUGAACUUGUUACAAACACGAAUCGUCGAUUUGAAAUCGUUCAACGAAAGAAGAAGUAGAAAAAAAUUUAAAACGAUUCGAUUGCAGAUAUGCAAAACUCGAUUCAUUCGUUGCUUACUUGCACUUUUUGCAUGCGCAUUUGAAUUGAAAAAAAAAAUAUUCAUACGAAUGGUAUGAGCUCAUGUUUCACGCCGCAUGUGCAUCGAUUGAAUUGCAAGCAGGAAAAAAGUGUUAAGCGUUUUGAACGGUCGUGCACAGCUCGAGUGUUAGAUUCUAAAGUAAACAGUAUUUUCUGAAAAUAAAUCUCAUCUCAAUCCCGUGUUGCAUCCGUAUUAAAUUGUGUGCGUGUCUCUGUGUGUAUGUGCGUUGGCAAGUAUUGAUUUCAGAAAAGAUUCAUUCCUACGUACAAACGUUCGUUCGUUAACGAAUCUUAUGAAUAGCAUUCCACCUUUAUAAUGUCACAAUUUCUCAGAUGAUUACAUAAAUCGGCGAAGCAUACAAAGCACGACUAAACUAAUGUAUAAGUUUACAUUUACGUGAGCAUUUUUGCAAACGAAAAAUUAUAUAUGAUGUACAUCACUCGGUCGACACUGAAGAGACACACAAAUAAAAUCGAAUGUUCAAAAUGAACUUACAUGCGUACACAGCGAUCGUCCGAUUAAUUCAAAAAACAAAGCAAACCAGCAGCAGUAGCAACAAAUGAGAUGAGAAGCGGAGAGAAAAAAAAAUAAAUAAAGUAGCAACACGUAACUCGAGUAAAAAAUCACUUGCAAAGUGAAUACAACAACACUAAACGCCUUAUCAAUUCUCGAUGUGAAUUGAAAUAUAUAAAGCUGAGAGGAUGCCAAGUGGCUUGUUCAGUGAAUUUUUUGAAUCAAUAACGUUAACGUCUUUUUCGAAAAUUGCAAAUAAAAAGGUGAACGUUCGGUUUAGAGCGAAAAUGAGCUUCUGAACUGUACAACAACAAUAACUCUAUUUGGCAAUAAAGCAAAAAAAAAGAGAGAACAUAUGACCGGUUAUUAACAUAGAGCGGAUAAAGUGAGAAAAAGAAAUAAGCGAUAAUAUCACGUGUUCGUUAAGUGUGGAUAAGACAGUGUGGCCGGAGUUUUGACAGAUUGAAACCGAAAACAAUUUUGACACACUCUCUUGCUUUGGUGAAUUUAGUGUGUUUGAUUCGAGCAUCCAAAUAGCUGCCACUAUUCAGAAUGGUUGAAACAGAUAAAAUUGAUGCGGAAAAUUCCGUUUUCGAUGAUGAAUCGACUAUCAAACAAAGAUCUCAGGCUGCUCGACGUCUCAGUGCCGGAGUCGCUAACAAAAAUGAUUCUACAAAGACUGAACCGAAAAACUUUUAUAAUAGCUCGGAUGAUGCUUCAUGGACUUUAAAGGAUUUAGUUUGGAAAAAUGUCGCUUUCUUCGUGUACCUUCAUUUGGGUUCAUUUUAUGGAAUAUAUCAAAUUCUCACCGGCCAAUGCAAAUUAGCUACCAUUUUUAUGGCCAUUUUGCUUGUUCAUUGGGGAUUAUUGGGUAUUACUGCCGGAGCACAUCGAUUGUGGUCACACAAAGGGUACAAAGCAACCUGGCAGUUGAAAUUGAUUUUGGCUUUCUUCAACACCAUUGCCCAUCAAAACGGUAUUUGGGUUUGGGUUCAUGAUCAUCGCGUUCACCACAAAUAUCAAGAUACGCACGCCGAUCCACACAAUGCUGGCCGUGGAUUGUUCUUCUCGCACUUUGGAUGGUUGAUGGUUAAGGAACGUCCAGAAGUCGAUCAAAAGAGACAAACCAUUGACAUGAGCGAUUGCAUUGCCGAUCCAAUCGUUAUGUUCCAGAAAAAAUACUACUGGUACCUUAUGCCAUUGAUAUCUAUUGUGUUGCCAACUUGGAUUUUGUGCCACUUUUUCGGUGAAACAUUGAGCGCUGCAUGGCAUGUUGGUUUCGUCUUGAGACACUUGUACACAUUGCACGACACCUUUUUAAUUAACAGCUACGCUCAUGCCGUCGGCUCAAAACCAUACGAUGCCAGCAUCCGACCAACCGACCACCGGCUCUUGGGUAUCAUGACACAAGGUGAAGGAUGGCAUAACUUUCAUCACGUCUUCCCAUGGGAUUAUAAAACCGCGGAAUUGGGAAAUUACCGUUACAACAUUACGACUGCCUUCAUUGAUUUCUUUGCCAAAAUCGGUUGGGCCUAUGAUUUGAAAACCGUAUCAAAAGAGACUAUUCAGAAGCGUAUGGCUCGCUGUGGUGAUCUCAAUGUGAAAUACAGUGAAGCCACCGUUGAUGAUUUGAUGCGUAUUCAAGCCGCCAAACACGAUGAACCAGUCGAACCAAAGGAAUUAGUCUGGGGUUGGGACGAUGCUGAUUUUGAUGAGGGCGAGAAAAAAUCCGCAACCAUUCUUCACAAAGUUGAAAAUUAAUUUCAACCAAUGAAUACUACCUAUUUAAUAAAUUAUCUCGUAGCUAUUUUGAUGAAAGAAUAGUUUUUAAGAAAAAAAACAUUAAUGGAAAUUGAAGAGAAUACUGUAAUUGUAUUUAUCAAUGAUUGAAACAAUGUUGAAAUUCGAAUGACUGGUGUCAGGGAACCCAAACCGAAAUUUCAAUAAAAACAAAGAAUGUAAUAAUUAAAGAGAA